AUGACGGAUGAUGCACAGAUGUCAUCGGGAGACGAGGACACUCAACCGCAAGUGACGGCUUCUGAAAAGGCAGCGUUGGAGCGAAAGAAGCGGCUGCUCGCCAUGAAGUCGCGCGUACAUGGCGUACCUAUGAAGGAGGAGGACUACAUGGAAGCUGAUCAGCCGACCAAACGAAGCCUUGCUGAAGGCCCGCAGUUUCGGAAUUAUGCCCCUGGCUCUGAGAUCGGGAAGAAGGACGAUUUGAAAUUUGACUACAAUGUUAUUGAGAAAGAAAUCGCGCAACAUCUCCAGGACACUACAAAAACCGACCUUCCCGAGCAGAUCGAUCCGUCGACCUUGCAGCCCAAGAAAGCAGAUUGGGACCUAAAAAGGAACAUCGAGAAAAAGCUGCAGAAAUUGGAUCGUCACACUCAACGGGCAAUCGCGGAGAUUAUUCGGGAACGACUUCAAGAGACUGGAGAUUUGGCGGCUGCGGUCCAUGCGAGCAGUCGAGCUGACGAAGCC